AUGACCGCUCUUUCCCUUGCCUCAUCGUCUCUUGAGUCUGGAGUCAGUCGUCCUGCGCGAAAGGAAAACAGGAUCGUUGCCUUCUUUCGCUCUCGCUCUCGUUCUCGCUCCAGACCCCACCCCAAGUCGACUGUUACUCCAGGUGCUGCGCAAUCUACGACGGAUGUACCAACCUUGCCUAUGGUGCCUGCCUCUAAGCUUCGCAUCAGUCAUGUGCGUUCCACCAGUUUGGCGUACGAACAAGGGCAUGCAGCCGACACUAGUAUGUCUGCUUCAGCAAGCCAGUCAGAUUCUAAGCUAGGCACGCGAACUUCGACACGCCCGAUAUCAUCCACGACCACUGCCACACACUCCACGAUCACCCCUCUUCCCUCCAACUCCAUCAGAAGAAGACAAAGAACGUCGCAUCAUGUUUACUCUCACGAUUACACCCAAGGAGAAGAUCCCGAUCACCAGGCCAACAGAGAUCAGGUCACACCUCAGGAGGAUCACGAUCGUGCAACUCGUUCGAACACUCCCUCUUCCCUUAAUCAGCGCCGGAAGUUAGAGCUGCGCUCUAUCUUUGGCAUUGCUCUGUCACGGAAGUCAUCGCUAUCCAAUCCGUCCCGAAAACCAUCACCAGGAUCUUCUGACCGCAAAACAUCGUCUUCAUCCCUCUCCCAAAAGGAAGCUGAGAACAUGCCCUCUCGCAAACGAUCAUUCAGGCGCAACUCUAGACCAAAUACUCCAAAGUCUACUGACGAAUCGCGCGUUACGAAAACAUCCACCGGUACAAUACCCACUCCUUCCAAUCCCCUCCCACUGUCCGCAUCUCCCCGCAGACUUUCAUUUGGAUUGACAUCAGGUUCUCGCACGCAUCCGCCAAUGACAUCAUCAGGCCACCUUCCCCUGGCUCCCUCGUCACGUCACAAACGACAUUCUGUCGGGUCUCAUGACACUGCUCAUGACAGUGCUGUCGCGUUACCUGAUGACCAUUCCGACACCGCCUUCACAUCGUCCAGUCAUAUAGGCACUAGAUCUAAUUCAAAGACUAGUGCCUCUAGCCUUAGCCGCUUUGGAAAAUCCCGCAAAGGCAAAGAACAAGAACGCGAUAACAGCAAUUCGAAACUGCGGUCACAAACGCGGAAGACACCUCGCAUGGAUGACUCGCGCCCUGGUAUUUUUGGCUCACUUUUGGAAGAGACGUCUCCCAUCAUCAACUUAUCCCCGCCUUCACCGCAGGACGACUCACGCGGCAAGUAUGACCUCGGUGGUCUCGUGGUAUCACUGUUACCCACGGUAGAGUCCAUGUCUGAAGAAGAUACAGCAGAACAACAACCCCUGAUUCGUGCACCACAAGCAAGACCAGCCAUACCACACAUCAUCCAUACCCCACCGACUCCAAAAAGAACAGCGGAGUUAGAUUCCCCAGUGCGACCCGCUACCACACCACCAACGUUGAGUGGAGGACAGGGGAAGCCGCGCGAAGUUCUGCUCAGCAAGGAUUCGAUCACUGUUCACAGCGAACUUCCAAAGUUGCAUGCACGGGCAGCUCUAAGUGUUGGUUCCGACGGAGAUCCUGCAUACAACCGCAUGCGUAGCAGAUUCUCACCCCGGCUGUUUGGGGGAAAAGAUUUAUCUAGAGAAAGCAAGAAGCAGAAACCCGGUGGUCGGCAUGAUUCCGCUGGGACUGUCGGUCCUCCACGAAAUAUGACCAACCGUCGCAUCAAACAUGGAAGCUUUGACUUCGAGAGACCCGUAUCUGGUGUAAACAGGAGCAGCUCGACAGUCAACGCAUCGCUGGUGAAUGGCGAAGGCUUAACACAAUCUGGUAAAACUGGCGCGGCGACUCAUCGACCGACGGCCUUAGAACGAACAGCAUCAUCGUCAUCUGAUCGUACAGGGAAGUCGCGAAAAUUUGCGUAUCACCCCACUCAAGCCGACUCUCCCAUUCUUGCCCAGCUCUCCGCCAGUCAUACAGGUGAAACCUCUGUUGUUUCCUUCUCAUCAGCAUCUGCCUCUGCGCAGUCGAAGUCGACAGGAACAUCUGUUCCUGGUCCCGGACAAUCAUCCAGUUGGGGACGCGCAUCAGGCAGGCGAACUCAACGCACGUCGCACGGACCGUUCCCCUUCGAACCGGCUUCAUCGGUUCCAAGUUCUCCUUUACCGACCUCCUCCGCACUGCCUUCCUACCCGCCAUCUCCUCAUCAACAAGAGUUUGACAUCCCGGAAGGAUCUGCUUCAUUUCCCCCAAGCUCUCCUCUACGGAGUGAGUUAGGGCUUGGAGGAGGUUCUAUACGUGACAAGGGCCAAAGUGCUCAUGGCCGUGUACAACAAUUACGUGAGCAAGGCAGCGAGAAAAAGGGCAAAGGCCGCUCACUCGAUCUUAAACUUGGUUUAUCUUGGGCACCUAAUCGCGUCCGUCAAGAAGCCGUUAUACAUGGAUCUCUCCUUUCGCAGAAGCAGGAGGAGGAGCGUAAUCGGGGGAAGGAUGUCACCAAAGUCUUUGAGAACGUACUUUCCGAAUCUGGAUUCGAAACGUUCAAGAAGUAUGUCCACCGAUUUGACGCCCACCUGAUACCCCUAGAAGGGCCUCGGGGACUGCUAGCGCGCGUUGAAAACUUACUCGCUGCCUCGUCGUUAUCACAGACAGAAAAGGUGGAACUGCUGGACCAGUUUGCUCGAUUCGUGGAGGGGCAUAGCGAAGUCUAA